AUGUUAUCCUCAAGAGCAAAUACCGUAACUUCUGAUGAAAGUUUCUUAACUCCUGUGUCGUCGGUCGGUGAUCUUAUGGCAUUGUCACCUCAAAGAACAAAAGAUCUUUCGGAACAACCUGACGUAACGAGUGAUCUCCUUACAGGUGAUGAGUUUGAUAGUGUAUGUGAUAUUACAAUGCAAGAAGUUCCAAUGUAUGAUGAUAUGUUAAUUGAUGCAAAUAGUUUAGAUUAUCUAGUUAAAUGUGCUGAAUCGAAUCGACAACACAAUCUAAUAGAUAGAGGUAAAGAAAGUCUAUUUGUUAAAUUUGAUCCCCUAUAUGCAAAGCAAAUUUUACAAACUGCUGAUUCUAUGGAACAAAACCUGCAAAUGCGUCCUUCAGAACAAGACACAGGUUAUGAAACAAGUAGUACAACUUCAAUCAUAACUGAUAAUAUAAUUGAAACUCCUAAACAUUCAAUAUCUGCUGGAACAGUGCUUAAAUGUGGAAAAGAAAAACCAACCCAAGUAGUUCCGCCUGUAGUAAGUGCUGAUCUCUCCAAGGCUAGUACAACACAAACUAAACCACCACCACCACCACUUAUACGCAGUGUUUCUGCUAUUUUAACAUCUAGUCAUGUAGCGACUGAGAGGUUGAUCAGUAUAUCUGGUAGUACUCCUCCUACAGCUGCUCCACGUAGCCCUCGUCAUAAACAUUAUGAAGCACCAGAAGUAGAUCGCUUACAAUCCUUAAGAGUGAUUUUACAGAAUCAGGACCAUGAAGUCUUGCAACUGCGACAAGAAAACAGAGAAUUGAAAUCUUCAUUGCAAGAUAUUCAACAUAGCUUUUCUAGAACUAAAAAUGACAUGGAGAGUAAAAUUAAAAAGUUAAUUGAGGAAAGAGACAUAUUACUAGAUAGAGAAUGCAAAUUAGUUCAACAAGUUAAUGACAAAACUUUGAGUAACAAACAGAUGUCUAUUGUUAUGGAAGAAUAUGAAAAAACAAUUUCUGCAAUAAUUGGUGAGCAACAAAAAGAAAAAAUACAAUCAAAAGAGAUUUUGGAUAAACUUACUCAGGAGAGAGACCAAGCGUUGAAUCACCUUUCAAGUAUGGAAAGUUCUUUUAAUGAUCUAUUGGCCAAAUAUGAGAAAUGCAAGAGUUUGAUUUUAGAAUCUAAGAACAGGGAAACAGUACUUAAUCUCAAAAUAAAUGAGUAUGAAGUAGGUAUGCGCAAAUAUGAGGAGUUGUAUAACAAUCUAAAACAGAUCACUGCAGAAAAUCUAGAUAAAGCUAACGAAACACUAGAUAAUAUAAAGAAAGCUCAUAAUGUAGAAAUCACCAAAAUGAAUGCUACAAUUAAGAAACAUGAAAUAAUGAUUUCUUCAUUACAAGAAUCAUUGGCACAGAAAACAAGGGAUAAUGAAGAAUUAACCAGAAUAUGCGAUCAACUUAUUAAUGAAGUUCGC